AUGACCUCACCAUCACCUCCAACCAUGAAAGCCUGGCUCUACAACACCACCACCUCCGGCCUGGAGAAGAACCUGUACUUCGACGCAUCUGCGCGCGCCCCGCCCGCCCCACGUCAUGACGAGGUGCUCGUCCAGGUCAUCUCAAGCGCCCUUAACCCAGCCGACUUCAAAGUCCCUGAAAUGGGCCCGCACGCCCGGCACCUCGUCAUCGGCAUGCCGGCCUCUCCCGGCAUGGACUUCUGCGGGCGAGUGGUAACCGCCGGCCCGGACGCGGAUUUCGAACCCGGCCAGCUUGUCUACGGGUGUCACAGCAUGCCGAUGAAGUUCGGUGCUUUGGCUGAGUACCUCUCUAUAUCCGGCAGUCUAAUUGCUGCCGUGCCGGAGGGCGUGAGCGUUGAUGAUGCGGCGAGCUUAGGGAUUGCGGGCCAGUCGGCGUAUCAAGCGCUACUAGGGUAUGUUAAAAAGGGGGAUAAGGUGUUUAUCAACGGGGGGUCUGGGGGGUGUGGACUUUUUGCGAUUCAAAUUGCAAAGAAUAUAGGGUGUUUCGUUGCGGUUACUUGCUCGACGAGGAAUGUUGAGCUUUGUCAGGGGCUCGGGGCGGAUGAGGUUAUUGAUUAUACUGCUGUUGAUGUUGUGGGGACGUUGAGGGAAAAAGGGGUUAUGUAUGAUCAUAUCCUUGAUCAUAUUGGGUUGCCUUCGGAGCUGUACUUUCAGUGUCAUCAUUUCUUGAGGCCUGGUGGUGUGUUUGUGCAGGUUGGCGCGUCGGCGAUGACUACGUUUGUUGGGAGGACGGCAUGGCCUGCUUUCCUGGGCGGUGGAAGGAGGAAGUAUGUCAUUUUCUUCUUCAAGAAUACCCAGGAGCAUAUUGUCAAGCUUGGGAAGCUGGUUCAGAAGGGGGCGCUCAAGGUGCAGUUUGAUAGCAAGUAUGAGUUUGAGGAUGCGGUCAAGGCAUUUGACAAGCUUCGCUCGGGGCGUGCAAGGGGAAAAGUUCUUGUUCAUGUGGCUAAGCCUUGA